GAUAUUUGUCGCAGCAUACGAGCCCCCAAAAUCUCGGGCCCUGGUGAAUUCGAUCGAUGCCAUUCAUGGCAAAGCCUCACAAAACCCUAAAUUCCACGCUCAUCUGUCUUGCGAUUGCUGGAUUUCUCAGCUCUUUUGCUUUUACGGCAUCGGCUAAAUCUCCUCGCCCCAUUUCUGACAAUGAGAUCAGAGAGAAGAAGAACGCUUGCUAUGAAGACAUUGAAAGUGGAUUGUGGGGAUGGCAAUGCAAGUCGUCGAUGAUUGCGAAAGAGAAUUGCGCGUUGCGGUGCCUUUCUCCUGUUUGUUACGAGCUCGUCUACGAGAGCGAUCCGCUGGAAGAAGGGGAGAAGGAUUACAUUAGGGGCCAGGAGUACAAGUACUGUAUGCACAAGGUGUCAGUGGGAGAGGACCUUGAAGGAGUAAAGGGGGUUUUUGACUACUAGUCGAUCACGGGGCAUCAAAAACCAGAGCACAAAUUUCUGCUUCUUCUUCUUCUUUUAUAUUUUUUUUUAUACAUAUUCUGGUGUUCAUGUAAACUACCAUGGUUUUGCUAUUAUUGUGUAUAGUUCAAGGAUACAUAUUUUUUGCUUCUUUCGUUCUCUUGUUGUGAUUACAUUUAGGGCAUGUUUGGAUUUGUUAAUUGAGGAAACGUCUAUUUCAUGAAAAUGGUAUUUUUGUUGUU